CAUCUUCUGAUUUCUGAGAGCUGGCUCUUGAAGGAAGGAUACUCUAUGGACGGCAGUUUUGAGGGACUUUGAGAUAGAAAGAAAAAAUGCCUAAGGAAUAUAUGGAUGAGUAUGAGCCUCUGCUAAAAAAGGGUACUAAAGACAAAAAGCACUUAAAGCUUCCAAACAUAUCCCUGCUACUGGCCGUGUUUGCUGCUUGUGUUGGAGGAACAUUUCAGUAUGGAUAUAACAUAUCUGUCAUUAACGCACCUACAAUGUACGUACAAAGCUUCAUUAACCGCACCUGGAUGGAGCGCUACCAAACCAACAUCUCACAGGAAGGACUCACGCUGCUCUGGUCCACCAUUGUGUCCAUGUUCACCUUGGGAGGACUUAUAGGGGCAUCACUAGGCGGCACUUUGUCUGUGAAGCUGGGGAGGAGAGGAACAUUGCUCACUAAUAAUGCCUUUUCACUCAUGGCUGCUCUGCUGAUGGGUAUAAGCUCUACUGCAGGCUCAUUUGAGCUGCUCAUCAUUGGACGUCUCCUGAGUGGAAUCAAUGCAGGCAUUGCCCUGUGUGUUCAACCUCUUUACUUGGGGGAAAUAGCUCCAACUGCAUUACGUGGGGCCACAGGGAUGGGAACUUCAGUCUUCAUUACUGGUGGAAUCUUAACAGGACAAGUUAUGGGCCUCAAAGAAAUCCUGGGGAAAGAAGAGUACUGGCCCAUCCUGCUCUCCACCACCUGCAUCCCUGCGUUUAUGCAACUCCUGAUUCUGCCCUGGUUCCCAGAGAGUCCCCGUUUCUUGCUUAUUGAUAAAGGAGAUGAGGAUGGGUGUAAAAAAGCCUUGAGGCAGCUGCAUGGUUUGGCUGACUCUGAUGGUGCUUUGGAGGAUAUCGAAAAAGAGAGGAACAAUUUGGUGGGUUUCCAAGCCAAAAAGCCUUGGGAGCUCUUCGGUGACCGUAGUUUACGCUGGCAGCUUCUCACCAUCAUACUGCUGAACACUGCUCAGCAGUUAAAUGGCAUUAAUGCUAUCUAUUUCUAUGCUGAUUACGUUUUCCGUCAAUCUGGUAUUCCUAUCGAUAAAAUACCAUAUGCCACUGUUGGCACAGGUGCCUGCGAAUGCCUUACAGCUUUAACAUGUGGUAUGCUCAUUGAAUGUCUGGGAAGGAAGGUCCUCAUCAUGGGGGGAUACAUACUGAUGAGUAUCUGCUCUGUUUUUUUCACGCUCACGCUUACUUUCCAGGAUGUCAGCCCAGUUUUUCCAUACUUGAGCAUGGCAUGUGUUUUUGCUUUCAUCUUGAGUUUUGGCUUGGGGCCAGGUGGUGUAACUAACAUCCUGACCACAGAGCUGUUCACACAAACCGCUCGGCCUGCUGCGUUCAUAAUCGCAGGUUCAGUCAACUGGCUCAGCUUCUUCUUCAUUAGCUUGGUUUUUCCCUUCAUUGUGAUUGGGCUACAGCAGUACUGCUUCCUGGUCUUCUUGGGAGUCUGCACCUCUGUGGCUACCUACAUUUUCUUUUUUAUCCCUGAAACAAAGAACAAAACCUUUGUGGAAAUACAGAAUGAGUUCCAGUCAUCUAAGAAGAAUAAGUUCUCCAGUUCAGAUGGAGCAGGGACUAUACUCUUAUCAACUUCCAUUUAAUGCUGCUAAUGCUCCUGAGACUAACUGUAACCUUCAUUACUUAAUGAUCUUUAUUCACUUCCACACCUGAGAUACUAUUAAAUAGAUGGCACUACAUAGUAAAUGUCUAGAAAUAGAGAGAAAUAAGACCUUGUUAUAUCAUUAGAAAUGUUGGCUUAUACUACCUCUAUAAAUGGUGCUCUAUUUUAAGUUUUAAAUAAAGUUCAUUCAAUAGAGAUAACCCUUCUUCCCACUGCAGCUGCAUGGUUGUUACUAAUCCCUCAGAAAUGCAUGUGGUCUGGACGACAGAAACGUAACCAAUGUUUUAUAUUUGCAAGGCUAAAAAGUGCAUCGGCAAGAACAAUUACCGCAAACUCUGGUGCUUAAAAGUGUUAAUAAAAACAGAAGUGUAAUUUAUAAAUAAGUAGAAAUAUUUUGUUGCUUUGGCUGUUUAUGAAAAAAAAUAAUAAUAGAAAUUGAAAAUAUAUAAAUAACAAUUGAAAAUAAUAAUAAUAAACUAAAUAGAUAAUGGUUUAAAGUGCCGUAUCACUGAGAUUGUACAUCCAAAAUAAAGGAAGAAUGCAAAAAAAAGCCUUUUAAUAAGAGUAGUACUGUCAAAAUUAUCUACAAAUAUUCCUUCUCUUUAGUUUGCCUUAAAAUAAGACAAACCUUCUUGUUAUCUCUCGAAGGUCUUCAGCAAUAAUUAUUUAGGGUUGUUUUUUCUCCUUUAGAUAUUUCACACAUUAUGAUAGUAAAUUUAUAUUUUAAGUAAUAAUAAAAAAGAAAUCUUUGACGGCAACUUUCUUGUCCCUUAAGGCUGCUGGAAAAGAGGAAAAACCCAAGACCAUUAAAUAGAUGAGCAAUGAAAAAACAAAAGAUUGAUUUGAUGCUCUCUCAGGGUAUACUCCCAGUUACAGCAGAUGCAUAAAUCCCUCAAGCAUUUCAUGACAUUUUGAAGGGCUGCUUUUUUUUCUUGCAUAAGACUGAAAUUUGUCAAAGAGAUCAUCUGAGCUGAAAAAUAAAAGCACCACAUCGCUGACCACUGAAGUCACAAACUACAGAGGUGAUGAUGUUUAGCAUAGAUGUACUUAAUCCAUCUCCAGCUGUAACUGGGCAAGAGUUUGGGUACACCUUAAAAACCUCAGUAAUUAGUUUUAGUUGAUCUGGAAUAGCUUUAAAGCAUCAAGCCUUUCAAGGAAGUAGGGGGCUUAAAUGGGAGAGGGACAUUUUUAUAGUUAGUCCAGGUAUUGGUUUAGCAAGCAGGGAUGCUUAAAUCAUCGAGGUAAUAUUCCAUGAAUUGUAUCUCCUGCAUAUAAUCUAUCAGUCGUCUUUUUACUGUCCACUCAGAAAUGAGUUUAAUCAGAGCUGCCAUUAUGUACAGCCAUUCCAUCUUGUCCUCUAUACUUUUUCUUGCUUUUAAAAAUUUGAAUUUAAAUAUUGUAACUAAUCCACAUUAAAAUAAAACUCAUAAUUUUGAUACAUGAAUGAUUUUCCUAACUUUAUUUAAACAC